AUCCUAUGCAAAGGGCUGAAGAGAUAAGACAUUUCAUUCUGUAAGAGAGCAAAGAAUUUGGGCGCAUUGUGUGAAUGUAUAUACAAUCCAACCUUCUCAUCUGCUUUGGCUGCUGACAGCACCCAGAAUCAAGAACAGAGACAGCUUUUGAACCAAAUUAAAGGCUUUUCUACAGGCCAACUUGAUCCAUCAUGCCACAUCUGCACUGUUUCAUCCAGCAUCCAAAGGCCAGGCUUAGCGUAUGGUGCGCACAACUAAAGAUGCUUUAAAGAGAAUCAUUCGUGGAAGCUGGCAUCACAGCUACAGUGCUGGAGAUGCUUUCAUCUACCUGUUCAUCUACCUGAAUGGUAUGGGAUGCUAAGCGUCUAAUUUCUUUCCAAGAAGUCAACACACCCAGCACUGCAAUAGUCUCUUGGUGCGAGUGUCUAUAGUCAAUCAACUAUAUAACCUUGGGGAAAAUGCUCGAACCAUAAAAUCUCCUAGGUAUUAUCUGGGCAAACAGUUGUGCAUUAACCACGCAAGCACAAAAGAGAGCCUGUGGGUGGAAUAGGCAACCAUACCAAAGCCUGAAAUAAGAGUAUAAAGAGAAAACAUCUGUCUUCGCUGGACUUGUUUGUGAUUCAGACAGGUUAACAUUAGAAGAUAGGAUCAUUCAAUGACACUGGUUGAUGCUUGGAUUCAAAUAAGAAAAAAGUCUUCAUGAUAUACCAGCCUCACUGCAUAUUCUUCACUAUCCUUCAGAUAUUCUUCAAUCUCCUUUUUAUUUCUUCAGCUGUCUGGUGUCCUUGCAACAUUUCGCCCGCAUAUACUCCUUGAGGACACAACUAAUUCUCCUGGUGGAAAGGGAGACUCCUUUGAAUUUGGUUUUGCCGCCAAGUUUCACACUUAUUUUCAAAACUUUCCUUAUCAUCUGCUGGGCUCCAGGAUGUUCCAAAAGUAUUUCCAAUAUAAAGGGAUCAGUUUUCCUGAAGUCAUCUAUGCAGGACCUGUGUUGCAGAUGGUAGAAAAGGAUUUCCAAGUUCGAGAUGACGAUAUUUUCAAUGUCACUUAUCAGAAGUCAGGAACAGUGUGGAUGCUGGAGAUUUUAAGUCUCAUCCGUAGCAAUGGAGACCCUACCUGGUGCCAAACCACGCCUAAUUGGGAUAGAGGUCCCUGGUUCGAGACAGUGAUAGGAUACAGGACAGCUUUGACCAACGAGUCGCCCCGCAUUAUUAGCUCUCACCUGCCUGCACAUCUUUUUGCCAAGUCUUUCUUCAAAUCCAAAGCUAAGAUAAUCUACACAGUCAGAAAUCCCAAAGAUGUCUUGGUGUCCCUGUAUCAUUUUGCUUCAAUGUUUCACCCCUAUAAAGAUCCUGGCACCUUGGAUCAAUUUCUUGAGGGCUUUCUAAAGGGAGAUGUGCCUUUUGGAUCCUGGUUUGACCACAUUAAAGGUUGGAUGAACUUGAAGGACAAAGAGAACUUCUUCAUUACGUAUGAGGAGUUGCAAGAGGAUCUGCGAGGAAGUGUUGUUCGUAUCAGCCAGUUCUUAGGCAAAGACUUAGAUGAUGCAGCCAUUGACUCCGUGGUUGCAAAUGCCUCCUUCGAAUCCAUGAAGAGGAAUAAGAUGUCCAACUUCUCACUCACACCGAAGUUCAUCAUGAACCAAAAGAAAAGUGCUUUCUUUCGCAAAGGUGAUGAAGAGAUGGAACGGGGAAGGAUUUGCAUCUGGAACAGCCUCAAUCAGGGGAUUUCUGGAGAUUGGAAGAACCACCUGACUAAGGCACAGAGUGAAUGUGUUGACCAAAUCUACCAGGAGCGUCUGAAAGAUUUAAAUGUCACUUUUCCCUGGAACAAGGACUAAAUUUGCCUUUUUCCAGUUGAUUCCCUCCAUUACUGGACUGAAUAAAGACUUAUCAGGAUACUCAUUCUCUAGUGCAAGACAUAGAUUAGUGGGAACAUCUAUGGGAGGUACAGGAGAUAUUCAGAGGGUUCUUCUGAAUUUCAUGGGAAAAGAAUGGGACUAGGUGAGGACAAUCAUUAAGUCCAGGAAAUCAGAGCUCAGGUAGUAUGUGGGAUGGGAUGGAUUAGAUUCCAGAAGUAAUCAAACUAUAGUGCUGAUAUCUUGUCUCAAUAUAUGGUUUUGAACAUACAUGGUGCUGAACAUCUGAAUCUGGCUAAUGCCUAGAUGGAAGAUUAACCUACUAUCUGUGAACCCCCUUAUCCAUGAUGGAAACUGCAUUGUGAAUAUAAUAUAAUGAAUAAAGUCAGGCGACCAAUGCUUCUUUCUUUUAAAAAAGCA